AUGAGAAAAUUAUUUUCACUUGCUAUAGUCCUCUUAAUUGGAGUAUCUAGUUGCAAGAAGAGUUGGAUAUCAGAACAGUUGGAUUAUAUACAAGAUAAAAUGGUAGAUUUGGAAUCACAGGCUAAACAAGCUAUUGAUGACCAUCCAGAUAUCUAGUAAUCAGUAAUGGAUGAAGUUGACAAGCUUUAAAAUUUGGUUGACAAGGAUUUCACCUAUUACUCAAAUGAAUUAACUGAUUUCGCUAAUGAUAUGUACGAUCAUAUUGAGGAAAUUGUUACUAAUGAUUAAAGAAAAUAAAACUUAAAAGUGGCGAGCUCUAAUGAAUAAACUUCAGAACAAGAACUAAGCUUUAGAACUCCAAAGUUUGAAAAAAGCAACAAUGAGAGAAAAGGUGAUGUUACAAUUAUCAUUGAUGAAACCUAUGAUUUUAACCCAUUAGCAAAUUCGACAAUUGUUGAUUUGACCCCUACAAACUGA